CACGGAGGAAGGAAAAAGGUGUAGCAGAUAACGGUGCAGGCGUUCUGUGACUGUGCGUGUCAACGUUGCCGUGUAGGUUUUCUCUGGAAGUGGCAGCCGCAGCUCUGAAGUGGCUCGUUGUGUUCGGGUCCAAACCAUUUUAGGGCUCUGGGCUUGCGCGCCCACUUUGAGUGCUCUGCGCAGCUAACGUUCAGUUGUCUAACUGUUAGAUAAUUCAAGCUGCCAAAAUGCCAGACUACUCUCGCAUCUCUGUGCUUAAAGAGAUUGACAGAAACGAAGCGUUGGUACAAGAUUAUCUUUAUCAGUUGGAUCAGAUAGAGUCGAAACUGAGGCGUUCUGUGCUCUCGGACUCUGAGAGGGAGAAGCUGGAAGAUGAGGUCAAGUCGCUGAAAUCGCAGCUAGACACAUUAGAGCAAGAGCUCACUGGCCUGCGGAAAGAAAAUCGUAAAAGCAUGGCAAUAGCUGCUUGCUUGUUCAUACUGUUUCUAUUGAUUUAUUAUUUUCUAAUUAUAAAAACAAUAACUGGAUAAUGCAUCAAGUGCAACAUGCCACUCAUUCUAAUCGACCAAGUUUUAUAUCCAAUCUCUGUUUCCGAGAAUAAAAUGAUUUAUUUUUUA